AUUCUUUGUUACGCCCACCAGGUGAUUAAAUGUUGACUCUAACGUAAUAUGUACUUUCUGACGACAUCCGGAAGUCUUAGACAGCUAGCAGUCUUGCCUAAAACUCCACCUUUCUGAGAAACAUCACCUCACGGAAGUUCACCGUCAAGCAUUCAAAUCCCCGCGCCCUGAUUGGCCGGACCCUCCCAGGAUCCCAGAAUGUCGUCAGUCCAAGCUCUGUUGACAAACCCACCUCACUCCAAAACCCCGCCUUCCGGACCGCAUUCCUCACCUCAACCCUCCCGAAAAGCUUGCAUAUCCCUCAGUUUGAUACGACAAGACUGGUCACUAUCUAUCAUGGCAUCUGCAACCGGCAUCCCAGACCAGAACCCGGACUCGCUCCUUGGUCGCGGCGAGGAAGAGCCGCUGCUGGGGAGACCCGGCGAUGCGAAGCAAGAGGACGGGAAGCCGCUGUGGGCCAACCUAUGGAUUGGCACUGGUGUCGUUGCUCAAGCAGGCAUCUGGAUCCUCGCAGCUAUAGUAUGGGGCGCCAUCUUCUCCCACGACCUCAUCUUCUUCUCCGCUCACCCCCUCCUUAACUCCGCCGGCCUCCUCCUCGCAACCCAAGCUGCCCUCAUCCUCCAACCCACCCACACCCCCGACCAGAAGCGCCACGGCACCUACAUCCACGCCAUCCUGCAUCUCCUCUCCAUCGGCUCCCUGCUCGCCGGCCUCAUCGUGAUCGAGCGCAACAAGCUCGGCCACGGCGGGAACCUGCAGUCCCCGCACGCAAUCCUCGGCCUGGUCACCUACAUCCUCUUCCUGCUGCAAGCGCUGGUGGGCUUCACGCAAUACUUCACCCCGAAGCUGUACGGCGGCGUGGAGAACGCGAAGAAGGUGUACAAGUACCACCGCGCGUCCGGGUACGUGAUACUCACGGCGGGGCUGGUGACGGUGGCUGCGGCGACGCAGACGACGUAUAAUCAGGAAACUCUGGGUAUCCAGCUUUGGGCGGUGAUUGUGGCGAGUGUGGUUACGUUGGCGGGGUUGUUGCCGAGGAUCAAGAAGCAGAAGCUGGGGUUGUGAGCUUUGGUGGGUGGGUGAGAGGUGAGGGAGGCCCUCGGAGGGCUGGAGAUGUGUGCAAAGGGGUGGUGAAGUGGAGCUGAUACUGUAUAUAGCGUCCUGAUGAUCGAAAAGCGGUGUAAUUUGGAGCCUAGUAAUUACGUAAUGCUUUUUUGGACACGAAAUCGACUCUAGCCAAGCAGUGUUUUGAUGUGCUGAGCACCUGUCCAAGAGUCCUUCAGUGUGUUGGACACACCUCCAAACACAUAGAAAUCAAGGGACGAUUUACACCUCUUGUCCAAAAACAUGCCAAAACAAAGUUUAGAUUAGGCAGAUUGGCUCCCGUUUCACGCUUCUUAAUGUCUUAAAAACUCCCCGAAUUCCAUGCUCUAAUAUACAGCAUUCAAAAGUAAUACGCCAAAAGAGAGCAGAAAUAGGG